AUGAAAGAUGAUUACAUAGGAAUGCAUGCAACUGGUACAUUUCUCGUAACUCAUAAAGAUGAAGGAGUCGAAACUAUAAGGAGGUUGACUGGUAGAACAACAUCAAUUGCUGUUUCGUCAACACUUGAUACUUCUGCUGCAACAGUAAUAAACUCAGACUAUGCUAUCAGGUCGUAUUAUACAGAAAGUGAACGUCCAGAUAUGUCUGGCGUUGGAACAGUAACACUGUAUAACGACGCUGUAACGGUUGGAGUUGUGUUAGCUACAAUUACAACAUCUGAUAAUGACCCAGAGGACGCUGGAAGCCUCACGUUGACAAUAGAAUCAGCUACCAACAGUGGCACAAAUUAUUUUGAGUUUGUUUCUGAUGGAAUAAGGGUAAAAGCUUUACCACCUGUGAAUACAUAUAACCUUGAGCUUAAAGUAGAAGAUCCGUGCACCCUAUCACGAACCAGAACAGAAGUGAUUGAUAUACUCAAUAGACUUCCUGUUAUCAAUAACCUCCCAUAUUCUGUAUCAAUAUCAGAAGACACUGCAGACAAUACAUUGGUAUUUACCAUCAAUGCCACAGAUACAGUAACAGUUCCAGUACAAUGCAAAAAGACAGGAGGAGGAACGGUGCCAUUCUCGGUCUUGCAAAUUCCAGGUUCAACAGAUUAUGGAGUAUACAAGGAUGCAGGAGCCUAUCUUAACUAUGAUAUAACUUCAUCAUAUACAGUUACAGUAGAAUGCGAUGACUUAGAUGACAAAGUUGACGCUGAUCUGACCAUCAACUUAAUACAAAAUCAGGCUCCUGUGAUUCAGAGUUUACCUGAUAGUGUAAGUUUUCUGGAGGAUUGGAACACCAAUACUUUACUCCACAAACUUAAUGUUACUGAUGCGGAGAGUGACACAGUUACAUGUACACUGAAUCCAAUCAGUACUAUAUAUGAUGUAUCGCUUAUUCCUCCUUCAAAUAAUGGUAUGUAUUAA